UAAAAAUAUGUAAACAAAACAAAAAUAUAAAUAAAAUAUUGUAAUAUUGUUUCAGCGUUGGUUGCUAGGCUGAUAAUUUUGCACUGAUGCUUCCCAGCGGAAGCUUUAAUAUACAUGCUAUGCACUGCAAAGAAGUUCCUAUUGUUCCAGGCAAUACCCAAACACAACAGUCAAGGUGACAAAGUGCAGUUUAAUUUGGCACUUGACCUGAUAGCUAAUAGAAAUCAAUUGGCGUGUUUUAAAUUUAGUUUUAUUUUUUAUUUUGUCUUUAUAGCGACCAUCAAAGCUGGGUGCGCGUCGCGACGCUGAAAUUAAUGUCAUCAUGUCCACUGGUGGAGAGAAGUCCAAGCCUGCCUCCCAGCCUGAUGGGAAGGCUGCUCAAACUCAGAAGAAAACCGAGACGGGCAUGGGAAACUACAGGAUGUAUGUGUAUGAUCAGGAGAACUUUCAGGGCCGCAUGAUCGAGAUUUCCAAUGAGUGCAUGAACGUGUGUGAAAUGGGCAUGGAUAGAGUGCGUUCCCUCCGCGUGGAGUGCGGCCCUUGGGUGGGUUGGGAGCAGAUGAACUUCUGCGGAGAGAUGUACAUCCUGGAGAAGGGCGAGUACCCCCGCUGGGACUGCUGGAGCAACUGCCACAGGAACGACUACCUGCUGUCCUUCAGACCUAUCAGAAUGGACCCAGAAAAGCAUAAGAUCUGUCUGUAUGAAGUUGGUGAAUUCAAGGGCCGCAAGAUGGAGAUUAUCGAUGAUGAUGUUCCCAGUAUGUACACCUUCGGCUUUACCGACCGCGUGGGCAGCAUCAUGGUCAGCUGUGGCACUUGGGUGGGCUACCAGUAUCCUGGUUACCGUGGCAGCCAGUACCUGCUGGAGAAGGGUGAAUACCGUCACUUUAACGAGUACGGCGCUCGUCAUCCCCAGUUUCAGUCCGUCAGGCGCAUCCGUGACAUGCAGUGGCACCCAGACGGCUGCUACACUAUGGCCACCAAGUGAGGGCUAGGGAGGACGAGAAAGAGAGGGAACAGGGGAGAGAGAAAGAGAGGAGGAGGAGACGAUGAAGGAGGGGGAGGGGGGAGGGCCAAGAAGGAGAGGAGGAGCGCACCACCCGUAUGAGUCAUCCUGGGAAGGGAAAGAAGGAGAGAGGGAUGGAGGUCAGUCAGGUAUGGCUAGCAGCCUAGCAGACAAAACGUCACAAUAGAAAAUGUGGCUGUUGAUAACAGAUGAAAGCAUGGCUUCUUCUUCCCCACCCCUCUUUAUUCUCUCUCUACACUUCACCUCUUCUCCCAUCUUCUUCUUUCUUCCCUCUUCCUCCCCUUCCUCAUCCUCCAUUCACUUUUCCCCUGAGGAAAUCAGUCCAUCACAAAGAGU